AUGGUCGCAGAGAUGUUGAGUCUAUCAGUGUUGAUAGACCAAGCAUUGUUUCUUUACUAUGCUUCGAUUUUGGGAGUGAUUGGGGUUCUUGAGGAUUGGCUGAGUUAUAGAGAGGUGUUGGGUCUAUCAGUGUUGAUAGGCCAAACAUUGCCCCUUUACUAUGCUUCGAUUUUGGGAGUGAUUGGGAUUUUUGAGGAUUGGCUGAGUUAUAGAGAGGUGUUGGGUCUAUCAGUGUUGAUAGACCAAGCAUUGUUUCUUUACUAUGCUUCGAUUUUGGGAGUGAUCAGGAUUUUUAUGAGUUGGGUGACUUCUAUAUGGGAUAGUCAAAGAGUUCACCUGAACUUUACAGUGUUAUUUUAUCCAAGCAUUGUUUCUCCAACGUGUUCCAAUUAUUCGAAUAACUGUGAUUUUUGUGCAUUAAUUGGUCACACAAGUGCUGGAUCUAUCACUAUACAGCAAUGCCAAAACAAUAACAUUGGCAAUGAUAACUAUGACAACACCAAUAACAAUAGCAGAGGCAGCCAGAAUAGCAACGACAACAACAAUAGCAGCAACAACGGCAACGACAAUAGCAGCAACAAUGACAACGACAACGACAAUAGCAGAGGCAACGACAACGACAAUAGCAGCGACAACGACAACGACAAUAGCAGCAACGUCAAUGGCAACGACAAUAGCAGAGGCAACGACAACGUCAACGACAACGACAAUAGCAGCGACAACGACAACGACAAUAGCAGCAACGUCAAUGACAACCACAAUAGCAGCAACAUCAAUGACAACGACAAUAGCAGAGGCAACGACAACGACAAUAGCAGCAACGUCAAUGACAACGACAAUAGCAGCAACGUCAAUGACAACGACAAUAGCAGAGGCAACGACAACGACAAUAGCAGCGGCAACGACAACGACCACGACAAUAGCAGCGGCAACGACGACGACGACAAUGACUAUAGCGGCGACAACGACCACGACAAUGACAACGACGACAAUAGCAGCAACACCGAAAACAACGACAACGACAACAUACUAUAG